UCGCCGAGUCAUGUCGCUGCGUUGGAUCGUCCUCCUGACCUGCAUUUCCUGCCUCUCGGCGGCCAGUUACGUGGACCAAUGUAUGGACGGCAAACACCACAAGACAGAUCCGGGGCCCGAGGACGCCCUGCAUGACCAGUCUUGCUGCACCGCCAACGUCAGUGAGGCCGCCCACGAGGACCAAUCGUAUCUCUACAACUUCAACUGGAACCAUUGCGGGGCGAUGAGUGACGCGUGCAAGAAGCACUUCAUCCAGGACACCUGCUUCUACGAGUGCUCCCCCAACCUGGGGCCCUGGAUCCAGCCGGUGAGAAGGGGCCCCUUCAUGAUAAUUGAAGUGACAGUUGGGGGUUUUGUGUCAUGUGACCUUUACACACACAGCACUAGGUGGAGUCCCCCUUUAACUCUCCUUCCUUCCUCCGCAGGGCGGAACAAGUGUCCGGUGGGGAAGCCGUGCCGGAAGUUCACCGAAGUCUUCCCCUCCCCCAAGGAUCUCUGCGAGAAGAUCUGGAGCAACUCCUACAAGUACACGACGCACAAGCGGGGGAGCGGGCGCUGCAUGCAGCUCUGGUUCCAGGGCGACAACCCCAACGUGGCCGUCGCCAAAUACUACGCCGACCGCCGCAGCUCCGCCCACACCCCUCGACCCGGGCUGCUGGCGCUCCUGGUGCCCCUCUGCGCCUUCUGGGCCUGGUAAC